AUGAGACUGCCGAAUCGAGACAAAGGAUCUCUGGAGUCACCUCCUGUCACUGAUUUCCAUGAAGAUGAGCAGAGUGUUUCAUCAUUCGUAUCAGUGCUAAUUUUAUCUGGUCGUCUCGUCACCCUGUUUUAUGAGUAUCUUGGAAUAUAUGGUGUUAUGAUGGUCACCAGCCUGCCAGAGCACUGGAAGCCAGGUCCAGACUUCUACGGCGUGUCCUGUGAACCCGUGCUGGUCACUGCAGGUGCCGGGGUCAUCGGCUUCCUCUUCUGGAGGAGCAUUCUAUCUGUCAAAAGCAAGUCAUAUCUAACUACUGAAAAAGAGAUAGUGGACAGGAUGAAAAAGCUUGAACAAGAGAAUAAGGAGAUACUCCAAAAGGUCGCUGAACUGCAGCAACAGGGCGAAGAACUUAAAGAAAAGCAAAAGCUGUCUGAAAAAUCUGCCACUUUAUCUCUGGAGAAGAUCCAGGAAUUGGAGAAUAUUGUGCAAGAGAUGGAGAGACAAAAUGAGCGCCUGGACGAGGAAAAUAACUUACACGCCAUAUCCUUUGACAAAGAGUGGGCCAGUACUGCGAAACAUGAAGAUAUGAUAUCCGAAAUGGACAAAACCAUUGAGAAGAAUACGACCCAGGACGCACUCUCAAAGUCUACCAUUCUGAUGGAUGAAGCCAAGCUCCGCGAAGAUGCCCGGAAUGUCCCGCACCAGGUUCUGGAGAAGGAUAUUGCCACCCUGAAGGAGGAGAACCUCUCGCUGCACCAUGCUGCCAAGUUGUGGGAGGAGAAGCACAGGGAGACAAGCGAGCAGAUCAAAGUCUACCAGAAGUCCCAGAAAGACCUGGAGGAUUCCCUCGUUCAAAAGGACCACACCGUUGAGGUUCUAUCUGACCUGCUAGGAGACCUGGAGGCCUGCGAUGACCUGAAAGGUGGAGUUGUGGCUAACGGGGAAGCCUCUAACGACAAGCAGACCAUCAUCCAAAACCGCAUUAAGCAAAUGAUGGAUGUCUCUCGGGUCCUGACCACUCUGUCUGUUGCGGAGGAAGAGCGCGAUCGCUUCAUGACCAAGCUGCUAAACGAAGAGAAGUCCAGGAAAGAGCUGGAAGAGCAAUUUCAGAAGCUGUAGCAUGACAUCUUGUUGGUGAAAAGUGACAAGAACCACCUGGAGAACCAGUACAAGACCCUGCAGCA